GCUCAUUUAGCAAGUGCUCUUUAGCUGUUUAUUGACCAGGACAGACUUCAUGUAAUCGAUGCUGUAGGUUUCUAGACAUUGUGCAAAUAAAUGCACAGUCAAACCAUUUAAAGGAUGAGUUCAUUAUGCAUUGAUUUUUGUUCUAGUUUAAACAGCAUGUUGUGCUGAAUUGCAGGUCAUGUGACAUGCCGGUCUGCAUGGUGUAAAUUAGGUGUGAAUUAGAUUAAACUGGUUUAAAGCGAAGGAAGUGAGGUCAGGAAGAGAGAGCGACUGAAUAUUACUUUUUCUUCACACUUCGCACAUCUCUCCUCACCCCCCACCCACUCUCUCUCUCUCUGUCUCUCUCUGUCUCAGCACCCUCCUCCCCUCGUUGAAACCUCAGUCUGCGCACACAUUUCAAAUUUACGCUCGCAUCUCUGACUCUUCUGUGUCGGGAGAUUCAGAUCCUGAGUGGUGAAGCUCACUCAGCCUCCCAGGCUGGAUUUGCAGCGGGAGUGGAGCGCUGCACCACGUGGGUGCCUCGGGCUGCCCGGCCAGUGCUCGCCGGCGGCGGGAGGAAACUGGAGCGAGGAGGAGUUUGGCACGGGGUCAGGAGAGUCAGGCAGGUGGCAUGAGCAGGAGCAGGGGGUCGCCGUAAGCACAAUGUGGGAAACGGAGGGUCUGCAGACACUAGGCAUCGUGGUGAUCGUGUGCGCUUCGCUCAAGCUGCUUCAUCUGCUGGGGCUUAUCAGCUUCUCUGAGGAUAGUGUUGAGGAUGAGCUGGAGCUGUCUGCGGCGCGGCAUCGACCGGAAGCUUUGGAGCAGCUGGAGGCUCAAACGCGUUUCUCACGCAAAGAGCUUCAAAUCCUCUAUCGGGGCUUUAAGAAUGAAUGCCCCAGUGGUGUGGUCAAUGAAGACACAUUUAAGGAAAUUUACUCUCAGUUCUUUCCACAGGGAGACGCAUCAACAUAUGCACAUUUUCUGUUCGAUGCGUUCGACACAGAUCACAAUGGCUCUGUCAGUUUUGAGGAUUUUGUGAUGGGUCUUUCCAUUCUCUUACGAGGCACCGUUCAGGAGAAGCUUAACUGGGCAUUUAACUUGUAUGAUAUUAAUAAAGAUGGAUAUAUAACAAAAGAGGAAAUGUUAGAUAUCAUAAAGUCCAUCUAUGACAUGAUGGGGAAAUGCACAUAUCCCACGCUUAAAGAGGAAACUCCACGACAGCAUGUGGAGAUAUUUUUCCAGAAAAUGGACAAAAACAGGGAUGGAGUGGUCACUAUAGAUGAAUUUAUAGACUGCUGUCAAAAUGAUGAAAACAUCAUGAAAUCAAUGCAGCUUUUUGAGAACGUCAUUUAACAUCUGAAUGGACUCUGUUGGCGGGCCAGCUCACAUAACCACCUUUAUACUCCACAAACCCAGGAUCUGAUUACAAGCAGUGCUUUACCCAUAAACCAAAAUUAACAGCAUUUUUAAUAUCAAAGAUAAAUUAUUUUUACAUUUUUUUGUCAUGUACUUG